AUGGGGUAAUAUAGUUUGUCACAACUCAGUUUCUUGUUUCUCAGUGCGGCAGUCUGUUUACUAAAAGGGGGUAAUCCCUCCCCCGCAGCUUUACAUGGGCGUCGAGCAUGCCCACUCUCUCAGGGCCCCCCCGACUCCAAGCCUCGACUCAGAGUUUGGAUAGUAAAAUUGAAUAUUGUUCACAAUGUUUAUCUAUUUUUUUGGAAGAGUAGCAAUAUUAUUAAGAUUCAUUAUUUUAAUUGGAUUGAGGAGACACUUUAGAUUGAAUUUAUAUUAAUUCUUUAGUUUGUAUUAAAGACUUGA